AUGUCUCACAAACGCCGCUCCUCUAAGGAGAUGAAGCCGGAGGUGGUACUGCUGCUGCGCCACCAAUCUCGCUACCCCGGAGACCUUCUUGAAGGCGUCGUCAUUCUCGAUAUACCUUUUCCGAGCGACAUCCUCGCACUGGAGGUGCGGCUCUGCGGAGUUGAGCGGUCAAUUCUGGGCGGGCUUUUUUUGACGGACAAAAACCCGGAGGCACGCAAGACGACCUACUAUGAGCAGUUCAUCACGCUGAGAGGCGUCGAUCAUGACCUACUGGAUUCGAAGCGCUCACUGCGGAAUUGCCGCCGCAUCGCUGAGGCACAGGGACUCCGAACAGGGCUCAACAGUGUGUCGCGUCAACUGUCAUUGCCUGAAGGCGACGUGGUGCCGGAACUCUCAGCGUCCGUGAUCCAGAGCGCUUCGGAGGCGGCGAUCCAUCUAAUCCCUGGCACCUACUCGUAUCCGUUCUCGCUAGUCCUUCCAGACAACCUGCCCGCAUCAUGUGAGCUGUAUCGCGGGCACGAUGGCCGCUGCGUGCUGCAUUACCAUACCGUUGCCUCGCUCAUGAUGACAAGCGGCAAGAUCUACACCUCCGAGGCGCAACUCCGCAUAAACCCGCUGCCCGUGCAGGUGCAGCGCUGGUAUCAGCUGCACGAAGAUGAGCAGCAACUCUGCGGAGCUGCGGUGGACAGCGGCGGUGCAUACGACAACGAGACCGAGUCUCGUCUUGGUGUCCUAUCACGCCUCAUGUCCUCAGCUGGUACAACGCGAGAGGAUAAGAUGGAGUGGGGUUCUGAAAUCGCAAAUCAGCGACGCAUACGUCACUAUCGCCAGUUUCCCGAGGACCAGCUCAUGCUCGAGGCUGCCGUCUACGCAGAGACAGCUGGCAAGCGUGCGGAGAGAAAGAAACGCCGGGCGUGCGAGCGGGCCGCCAGGGAAAGGGGCUCACUACUAGUGGCGGCCGACACGAUGGCUGUGACGAAUGGUAGCGCAAGGAUACUGCAGAAUCAACGGGAGCUGGAAGAGGCGGAGAAGCGGUCCUUGGACAGCGAGGAUGGUGCUGCCGACGCGGCGAACGAGCUGGAUGACGACGCAGAUAACAAGGUGUACGACUUUGGGCCAGAGGUCUCCUCGCCUAGGGCGGUAGCAAGUAUUAGAGGCGAAAAAGAGUAUGGCAACGGCGAAUUCUACAGCAACAGUGGAGGGGCAAAUGUGGGGAGUCGCAGAGCGCUCGAGAACAGGGGUAAGAAGAAGCAGCAUCAUCACUCUCACGAGAGGGACGCGAUUGACUCGUCGGCCAACACUGCCAUGGUGGAGAACAACGUGGAUAAACUCACAUUCACGCCGCCCGGGGGAGAGCUUCCGGCGCCCAUGGCGGUGCGGCGCGUCAACCAAGCGGAGGCCGUCUCACACGAGACGGCGCACGGGAGCACCGAAGAGGGGAGGGAGUGGAAGCAGCCCCGCGGCACGCACCCACACCGCCUCCGCAGCCGCUUCCAGCCACCACCUUGGAACCAAGAGUUUUCCAUCCACCUUCGAAGUGGGUUUCUGCGCACAGGCAAGGUGAAGGUUCUCCUCUCGCUCCGCAGCCCGCUAGUGACGGUCGGUGUCGGCAAGGUCGGCGCGACCGUCCUCAUUGACAAUUCCGAUGGCAGCGGGACAAUCUCACGCGUCAAGUACUCCCUUGUCACACAAUGCUACAUCCGCACCAAAACAGAGGUCUACAACUUCCAGGCCGACACAGUGGAAACGAGCUCCGACGUUAAUGUGGAGAAAGGCAAGGUGGUGAAGUUGCCAGAGGUGGAGCUACCGGUACCGAACUCGACGCCCCUCACCAUACUGACAGAGGGUAUGGGCGCCUUCACCUUUCUGAGUGUACGGCUCUACGUGGACACCGCCCUUAAGACGUUCUCGAGGUCUGUGGCGACGGAGGUGGUGCUCGUGUCGGCGCAGGAUCUACUCAACUGUAGCCGCCGCCUGCUUCGCUGGACGUGCUUCUUCCGCCGCCGCAACGGUGAGGACGCCCGCGACUUCACCUUGCGCCCGCCCACGAUCAACCUCUCCGAGAAGAACUCUAAGCUGCGCGUUAUCGACGCCGGCAACAGGGGUGCCGUCAGGGUGCAGCUCGGCCCCUCGCUGCAGAGCGACGAUGCAGACACGUCCGUCAUGGCAGCAUCUGCGGUGAGUCGCUCUAUGCGCAUCCUGCGCACGAGCCGGCGCAGCUCCAAGGCGGCGCCACCCAUCGACGUGCGGCUGCUGGCCAAAACACUGAACUACGAGGAGGCCCUCUUUGUGCCGCGCGAUGACGAGGAUGGGUCGAGCUUCCCGCGGCAUGUGGAUCCUUUGGCGGGGCUCAAUCCGUUUGUUGCUCCGGUCAGCGACGUCAUAAGCAACCUGGCAGAAGGUGAUAACUACGAGACGCUGUGUCGCUAG